UGAUGUUUGUGCUGUGUCUCGUUUCGUGAAUAAGCCAGAAGAAUCCUGUUGAAGUUUCCAUGACUGCUUUAGACUUACAGGCGAAGGUCACUGCCUUAAUUAGAGCUGGGCCCAUGGAUCAUUUGUGGAGCAAUUUCCUUCCCAUCCUUAUUCUUGUUGCCGGCUUAGCCUCGUCGGACCAAGAAGUUCUGAUAGAAAAGCCUGAGUGUGAUUCAUGUUCAUGGAAUUGGACGAUAUUACAGACUGCUGAACCUGGAUACACAGGGUGGUACGAAAAAGGCUCCCCUCCUGAAUAUUUAGCGUGUAUCAAUAACUUCAACGUAUCUACAUCGAGACCAAACAGUUGGCUGAGAAGUGACAAGAUCACGGUUAAUGAAGCUAAGAGACUUGAUGUAACUGUUCGGUAUUUCAUCGCAGAUUGCUCUUCCAUGGGGAAAAAAGGAGAAAAUAAAUGCGUGAAUGCUAUCGACUUGUAUGUCAAACAAUCAAACCAGGAUAUUAUAGACAAGUCAAACUAUCCAAAUCCUCUAUCACACACAACUUCAUAUGAAAAAAUAGCAGAACUGGGACACCCAACCAAAGUGAAAACAUCCAAAACAGUACCAGUAGUCAUAAAAGGAAAAUUUCUCUUCUUAGCAUUCCAUAAUAAUGGAGCGUGUAGUAUCUUGUACUCUGUCAAAGUUAGUUACAACUUUUGCCCUGAGAAGACACUCGGCAACAACUUGUUAGUGUUACCCAGAACAGCAGCACCAGCGAAUGUAUUGGAAAUCUCAAGAGUUGAGGGCAGAUGUAAAGAAAAUGCGGUUCAAUUGGUUAGCAGUCUGCACGCCUAUUGCGAUAGUAGAGGAAGUUGGAACAAAACUUCGUUUGAAGGGAGAUGUAUUUGUAAAGAAGACAUGGAAAAUACCGACGGAAGGUGUCAAGCCUGUCCAAAUGGAAAGUAUAACGACGAAAAAGGUUUCAACUGCACAAGUUUACCAUCAGCUCCAAGGAAUACCACUGUUGCCUUUGUUAACCAAAGUGUAGUCGAAAUAACCUGGUUGCUGCCUGCCGAAACCGGCGAUCAUACGCUUGUGUCUUAUGACGUCGAAUGUUUGAUAAGAAAAGUAUGUAUCAACUCUGCCUGUUUAUAUGAGCCUUGCGGGGAUGACGUCGCUUACAGACCAAAAAAACAAGGCCUGGAAAUGACUCAUGUGACCCUGGAGGGUCUUUCGUCGAAAGUGAAUUAUACUCUUAGAAUCUACGCCAGGAAUAGGGUGAGUGAAGUGGCGAAAAGAAGAUAUGGAGUCGAAGGAAAGUUCGAGGCAAUCAGUGUACGGAUGAAAGAAUCUGCGGCUCCAUCUAUGAAAGCCCUGAAAACGGAAGACUCAAAGGCUGUCAUAUAUCUGAACAUUAUCUAUGGAUUUGUUGUCUUAUUUGCACUUUUCAUAGUUGGCUCUGUAUGUUUUAUCAUUUACAGAAGUAGAUGUCGACACCAAAGAAAUAGAGACCGUUUUGAGGAACCUGAAACAGCAGAGCCUACAGGCACCAUGAGUUUAGAGCCCGGAAAAGCAGAAUCUACAGGCGCUAUGAGGGUAGAGCCAGAAAAAACAGAAUCUCUCAUGAGUGCGUACGAUAAUGUGGCACUGUGGACUGUAGCCGAGGGUCAAAAUGAGGAUGGCAUUCGACUUAUCCGUGAUCAGAUCAAAACAAUUAGAUUUCUAGGGAAUGGAAACUUUGGUCAAGUUUACCAUGCAGUUUACGGACCUUUAGGAACUGAGGUGGCGGUGAAAUCACUGAGAGACGAUGCCACAAAGAAGGACCUAAAAGACAUACUGACAGAACUGGAUCUUAUGAAAUCUUUGAAACCUCAUCCUCAUGUUGUAAGACUCAUCGGAUGUUGUACAGAAAAAGACCCAAUCAUGAUAGUUUUAGAGUAUUUACCAUACGGUGAUCUGUUGGGAUAUCUGCGCAAGAGCAGAGGGAUCGAGGAUACUUAUAACACAGGAGAAAAGAGACCAAGCUCAACGCUCACAGAAAAGGACCUCUUGUCCUUUGCGUGGAUGAUCGCUGAUGGUAUGAGCUAUUUGUCCACAAUGAAGGUUGUUCAUCGUGAUUUAGCAGCCAGAAAUGUGUUAGUAGGUGACAAUAAAGUGUGCAAGAUAUCAGACUUUGGUUUGGCACGUGGUUUGGAGGGCGAUGUAUACAUGAGAAAGGCUAAGGCUCGCCUCCCAAUCAAGUGGAUGCCCCCAGAAUCUCUUUUGUAUGGAACCUCUACCACUAUGAGUGAUGUAUGGUCUUACGGCAUUGUGAUGUGGGAAGUGUUCACCAUAGGUGAAUCACCUUAUCCUGGGAAAACGAAAUCAGAAAUAGCAGGUUUACUAGUAAAAGGAUACCGCAUGCCUAAGCCAGCCCACAUCUCUAAAGAACUGUAUUCGAUUAUGACUAAGUGUUGGGAAGAGAAACCUCAGGAAAGGCCAACGUUCCAGUGGCUUUGUUCUGCGGUUAAAAAACUCCUUCAUGACCGAAAGAACCACGUCAAUUUAGAAGUCUACGAUACCAAGGAUUAUGUUAAUUUCGAUAUGAUGGCGGGAAAGGACCAUGAAGAAAAAACUGCAACGGAUCAUAAUGACUAAAACAUUGCACAUUCUAAAACAAAAGUGGCCUCAAGCCAUUUAA